AAUUGAAGCAAAAAUCAAACAUAAGUCCCCACACACUUAUCUUUUUUAUUUUUGUACAAAAAAUUGACCAUAAAAUUUUAUAAUCUUGAAAAUAAAUAUGAUCUCUGCUCUAACCAUGUGAGAUGUCAUGGAUGGUCCACAUAUAUGAGAGAUAUAUGAGAGAGAGAGAGAGAGAUUUUGAAAAGCGGCCAGUGGGAAGGGUCUCACUCGAUUGGAGCUUUCUGUCGUCUCUGUAACAUCGGCAGCGACACGCUCCCCUACCCUUUUGUUCUUCCUCCCUCUCUUCUCUUCUUUCUUCAGUCAGGCUGACAAAUGCAGCGGUAGUAAUUUACACGCAGCAGCCAUCCACACAGUCCCUUUCUUUGCUUCUCUCUAUACGUCUCUCUGGUCGAUGGAGACGACGACAGACGAGGGUGGUAGUGCGCCAAACACAAGGAGAUGGUACCCUUCUCUGCCUUCCCUCAAAACCAAGCACCACCGCCGCACCACCUCCAUUGGCGGCGACCCAUCGCCGAAGCUCCCUAACUGCGCCUCUUUUACUCUCGCAUCCCCCGCCCGCAACAGCAUGGAGAGCCACAGGCGCACCCCCGCCACCACCCCCAACGACAUCGCCUUCCUCUUCUUCAGCGCCGCUCACUCCCUCCACCUCUCCGGCGACGACCCCCACAAGGCCCAUCGCUACGCCGAGAAGGCCGUCCGCAUCCUCGACUCCAACUCCACCUCCGGCCUCCAGCUUAUCACGAGCCUCCACCUUGCCGCCGCCACGCUCACCCGCCUCGGCCGCUGCAAGGAAGCGAUCCACCUCCUCCGGCGGUCCGUCUCCAUCUCGACCGCGUCCCCCGACGACCCCAACUGCGCCCAUGCCUCCUUUUCCGGCUUCAUGCAGCUCGGCGACACGUACUUCGCCAUCGGCCGCUAUGCCUCCGCCAUGGAGUGCUACGAGUCGGGGCUUUCCGUCCAGAAGCAGGCGUUAGGGGACUCCGACGUGCGGGUGGCGGAGACGUGCGUCUACCUCGCCGAGUCUUACCUGCAGCUGCUGAAGCUAAAGGAGGCGGAGGAGCUCUGCGGGGAGGCGCUCGCAAUUCAAGAUGGGGUGUCUGUGAGGAGGGUGAUCGGACUGGUUCAGAUCGCCAAGGGCGAGUACGAGACGGCGCUCGACCACCUAUUGCUGGCUGUGGCCACUCUUUCUUCUCUCUCAUCAUCGUCGCCGUCGCAGUCAACGUCCUCGUCCUCCUCGUCCGCCUCCUCGUCGCUGUCGUCUAUAGUGGAAUGUGCCUUCCUCGACGCCAUCAUCGGAGAGGCCUACCUGGCUCUGGGAAGGUUCGACGAGGCAGAGCUUGCCUACCACAAGGGCCUGGCAGCCUUCGUGCUCGUCUACGGCGAGGAUCACACUUCGGUGGGUUCGCUGUACGUGAGCCUAGCAGACCUGUACCUGAAGAGGGGCUCCUUCAACGACGCCAAGCUCUACUGCGAGAAGGCGCUGCUGGUGUACGCGGAGCAGAUGGAGAGGCACCAGGACGACGGCAUCGACGGGUGCCGGCAGGAGGAGAUUGGGGUGGGGCUCAGCCGGGUGGCGUCGCUCUUCGAGUCCAUGGGGGAGGUGAAGCACGCGGUGUCGCUGCUGGAGAAGGCGAGGGGAAUGAUGGGGAGCUCGCCGGACGAGGGCAGCGUGGUGGUCGCCGGGGUGGAGGCCCAGAUCGGGCUGCUGCAGCUGAUGUCGAGGAGCUACGAGGACGCCUACGCCUACUUGGGGAGCGCGGUGGCGAGGCAUAGGGCGAUGGCGGGGGGAGAGAGGAGCCUGGUGCUGGCGGCGCUGCUGAACCAGAGGGGCGUGGCAUGCGUCGGGCUCGGCGCCAUCUGGGAAGCGGCCGAGGCGUUCGAGGAAUCCAUGCGCAUCUUCGAGCGGGUGUCCGGCGCCCACAACGUCGAUACUCUUGACGUCUGUCUUAACCUCGCCGGAGCCUACGACGCCAUGGGCAGAGGAGAUGACGCCAUUAAUCUACUGGAAAGGGUGGUGGAUGAGGAGGAGAACAGAUUGGGGACGGCUCACCCGGAUGUGGAGCACACCAGGCAGUGGCUGGCCGACAUGCUGAAGGAGGCAGGACGAUCCAGAUCCAGGAAGGCACACACCUUAAAGGACCUCCUUCUCCUGCACAAGAAGAACCGCGGAGCCGUCGGCGCUGUUGCUGCAGAACCACGCCAUUGACAGAUGACCAAAAGCUUAGAGGUUUAGUUACAGUAAAAAUUAAGAGGGCGAAGGUGGUGGUGGGUUUGCUAAUUAUUUUUCCUUAUAUAACCAGGUUGCGUUGUUCUCGGGUAUUAUUAUCAGAAAUAUAAAAAAUGAGGUUGACGUCUUCCA